CCAGCAGUGCCACCUGUCAGUGCCCAUCAAUGCCAGCCGCCAGUGCUCAUCAGUGCCACCUAUAAGUGCCAGUCAGUGCCACCUAUCAGUGCCAGUGAGUGCCACCUAUCAGUGCUGCCCAAUCAAUGCCACCUAAUCAGUGCCACCUAUCAGUGCCACCUAUCAGUGCACAUCAGUGCCCCCUACCAGUGCCCGUCAGUGCCGCCUAUCAUAUCCAGCCAGUGCCGCCUAUCAGUGCCUAUCAGU